AUGGGCCAAAGACACAACCGAAAGCGCACGAGGAGUCGUCCGCGCAACCGUCGCUCAAACGGCCAUGCGCGCGACUCCUCGGUAGAUAGUUCUUUCUCCUUUUCCUCGGAGUCCUCGUUUUCCGGCCAGCUUCCGUAUCCUCACACCCAGCGUUACACGUCUUUUUCGAAUCCGCCCGCGACCCACUGGCAUCAGCAGUACUCCGCAUGGCAAGUCCGCCAGGGGCUCCAGCAAAAGCAGCAGCAGCAGCACAUGGAGAGCCAGCGUCUCCGCAUGUUCGGCGGCGAGGCAGCCGACGGGGCAGAGCUUUGCGGUCCCAUGCUCAAAGUCGUCAUGGAUCUGUUCGACGACAUCGACUACAUCGAUCCCUGA